GUUAAGGACCUAUAAUCACAAAUGUUAUAUAUAUAUAUGCUAAUUAAUUAGAAUUUUGAAGAUUUUUUCCCCCCGGAUAAUAGGACUUCGAAGAUUUUGAGUGGAAAAAUGAGGAGGGUUUUGGCAAAGAGCUGGGCCGAGACGAAGAACACGUGGCAGAUUGCGGGGCCCGCAAUACUCACGGGAGUUUUGAUCAGUUCCCUCGGUAUUGUUACCGUCGCCUUUGUUGGUCAUCUUGGUGAUGUUGAGCUCGCUGCGGUUACGAUGGGUCAGAGCGUGAUCGAAUGUUUCGCUUUUGGAUUUCUGUUAGGGAUGGGCAGCGCCUUGGAGACGCUAUGUGGUCAAGCUGUCGGCGCUGGACAACUCAACAUGCUAGGAAUCUACAUGCAGAGAUCAUUCAUUAUCACAGGAGUAACAGCUCUAAUUCUAACUCCAAUUUAUGUGUUUGCAUCUCCAAUACUAAAACUUCUUCAUCAAUCCAAAGACAUAUCGGAACUAGCACAACAGUACACGAGAUGGGUAAUCCCUCAAUUAUUCGCAUACGCUAUGAAUUUCCCCAUCCAAAAGUUUCUCCAGUCUCAGAGCAGAGUAUGGGUAAUGACUGCAAUUUCUGGAAUUGCUCUCCCAAUUCAUGUACUUUUGAAUUGGAUUUUUGUUACUAAACUUGGUUACGGAUUAUCUGGAGCGGCAAUUGUUGGGAAUAUUUCGUGGUGGUUUAUAGUUUUGGCCCAGAUGAUAUAUGUUGUGUCUGGGAAUUUUCCCGAGGCCUGGAAAGGGUUCUCUUGGUUGGCGUUUAAAUCUCUGUCUUCUUUCGUGAAACUGUCACUUGCGUCGGCGGUAAUGUUAUGCUUGGAGGUUUGGUAUUAUACUGCAGUGAUAAUCUUGGUGGGAUGUUUGAAGAAUGCAGAAAUUGAAGUUAGUGCUGUCUCUAUAUGCAUGAGCAUCCAACUUUGGACAUUAACGGUUGCUUUAGGUAUCAAUGCUGCUGUAAGUGUGCGAGUAUCCAAUGAACUCGGAGCUGGUCGUCCAAAAGCCGCAAAAUUUGCAGUUGUUAUCUCGGUUUUGACAUCAGGACUCCUUGGAUUUAUCUUCAUGGUUAUAGUUUUUAUAGCUCGAAAGCAUCUACCGAAAUUGUUUACUGAUAUACCUGAAGUUAUUAGAGAAACAUCCAAACUUGGGUAUUUAUUGGCAGCUACAAUCAUUUUAAACAGCAUUCAACCUGUUCUCUCUGGAGUAGCAGUUGGAGCUGGUUGGCAAUCCUUGGUAGCUUUUGUAAAUACAGGCUGCUAUUAUCUAGUUGGUUUGCCUAUUGGAGCUGUUCUUGGGCUCAAGCUUAAGCUCAAUGCAAUGGGACUUUGGUCAGGGAUGUUAGUCGGAACUCUACUGCAAACAGUGAUCUUGAUUUUGAUCACAUUCAGAACUAAAUGGGGAAAAGAGGCUUCGCAAGCUGAGGAAAGAAUAAAGACCUGGGGAGGGAAGAUAGAGCUUCAAGCAGCCUCGUGACAAUUUGCAAUGCAGAUCGUGGACACAAACAAACCACAGAGAGAAUUUUUUUCAGCGAAAAGUUAACCACAAAGUUCUCAUAAUGUAAUGCACAGUUGAAUUUUGUGUUGUUCUAAGCAAAUAUUGGUUGUAGUGUCUGACAGAAAAGAUAGAAUUUGCAUGGACUGGAUUUUCACCUAGGAUUAUGCAUCAAUGUGAGAAAAUAAUGAGAUUUUGUGUACUUAAAUUUCUCAAAGAAAAGUGUUAGAACUUUGUA